AUGGACAUGAGUUAUCAUGCAUCUUUAGUAGAAAUUGCGAACCCGGAUAGAACCGUCACCGUCCCCAAUAGUCCCGAUGCAGCUGUCCUGAAUGACGAAAAAUGGACCGCAGUAAGGAGGAAAAGAAAAGGAAAAAAAGCUAAAGAUAAAGCACACUUUGUUGACAAGUCAUUGAGGAACUCACAGUCUGAGUCACUCAAUGCACUAUCGCACUCUGAUAGAACGGCAGAACAUCAUCCUAGUGCGACUGAGAGGAAUUUAAUAUCAUCGAAUAUUAUUGUGAGUAAAUUGCCAGAGUCUAACGAUCCAGAUCCUAAGGUUAGACACACCCAUGACUUAGAGAGGCUCGGAGAAUAUAUCCGUAGCAUAUUACCAGAUAACACUAAAGGUGUUCAGGUUAAAAAAUUAGUUAGAAUAGGUAAAAGGGCCGAUGACAGUGUUCUACCCCGACCGUGUAAGGUAAUCUUAGGGUCGGAGAAACAACGUAAUCUUCUGUUAAGUAACGCUCGAAGUCACGACAACUCUGACAUUCGAAUUAGACCGGAUGUGUCUCUUGAAGAUAGAAUAAAAAGGAAGACGGCACUAGCUGAACUAGAAACCCGUCGACAGAACGGUGAAGAAAAUCUCCGAUUGGUGGGUUUUCGAAUAGUCGGGUCUUGGAAGCGAAUGCUACCAAGGCCUGUGUGGAUAGGUCAUUCUCCCUAG